AUGGGGGUUUCUGUACCUGUUGUGAAGUUUGUUCGUUUCGUCAGCACGUCCUCCACUCCAGUAAACCAUGAGGAGGACAGACUGGUUUACAUUGGAAACCUGGGAACGGCAGUGCUUGGAGUGAAGUUCUUCUCCUACUCUACCAGCGUGGUCAGCUUAAUUAUUCUGCCAAUGAUUUUUGCAAAUUCUGGCAUCGGAGUAGACAGUCUUCCAUUGAAGAUUGCUUUCUUCAGCAUAGUUGGAUUCUUCACCUUCAUUACUCCUGUUACUUUGCAUUUGUUGACCAAGGGCUAUGUGGUUCGCCUAUAUCACAACAAGGAGAGAGACCUUUAUACUGCAAUCACUUACAAUGCAUUUCUUAAAGAGAAAAGGACGGAGUUUUCCCCAGAAGAUGUUGAAGUACCUGGAGUGAGCAAGAUGUUCACCACAUUUUAUGCAAAGAAGAAAUCCAUGCUGAUAAAUCCAAUGUUAUUUCCCAAUUCCAAUGAUUAUCAGCACCUUAUGGGCUAUGAUAAACCCUUCACUUUUAAUUUAGAAGACCUAAAUCCUCCCUCUAAGGAAAAAUAAACCUUGUGUUUGUAAAGGUG